GCAGCCUUUUGGUGUUGCUGGCUGACUUGAUGCCUGCUUUGCUAUUGCUGUUGCUGCCGCCGCCGUCGAAUCGCCGCCGACGUUGCUGCAGCAGUUGCUAGCGAUGCGAAAAUGAACGAAAAAUAAAGAAAAGAAGGAUUGAGAAAGAUAAUAUGUGUUGUUGAGAGGGAGAGUGAGAGAGAGAGAGAGACAGAGAGAGAGAGAGAGGGAGAAAGAGAGAAAGGGAGAGAGAAAGGGAGAGAGAGAGAGAGAGAGACAAAUGUAGCCUUCAUUGUUUCGUCGUUUGGUCGUCGUUUUAUUGUACAAAAUCGCUCCUCUGUUAAUGCGAUGCGCGUUUCUCCUAACGUGAAUUAAGAAGAAAGGGAAAAAAAAGAAAAGAGUGAAAAUAAUAAAUGUGACGUGCCCGUCGGCCACCAGCCAGCCUUUUAUUUUUUUUACGCGCUUCAUAUAUGUGUUCUUUUUUUUUAGAAACUAUAUAUAGGGAUUAAUAGGACGAUUUUAUAUAUCGCCGAGUUCGUAUCUCAUUGUGGGUACUAUCGGUCCUUCGACAUUUUUGUUUCUGGAAUUCUUCACGGCUUUGUGUACCCUUUUUUACUUGCUUCGUGCACGCACGUACAACAUCAUUGCAUGUAAUGUACAUUCGUUUCUUCUCAUUGAUACAUGUGAUCAUAUAGCGGUAAUUACGUUUGCUUGUUUGCUUGCUUUUUCGCAAGAAUUCAUUAUCCUCGUUUUUCUAUUCCUGAUUUGCAGCCUCGUUCGGUGCUUAGUCGAUGUUUAGCAUGCGAUGCUAUCCGUCGCAGUUAGUAUUGUUUUUAUGUUGAAUAUAUCGAGAAAUAAUGUGACAUACACAUUUGUUUACAUUUUUCUCGGUUAUACAUCUCCUAUACUUUAUUUAGAUUGCGGAUAUCUAUGCAUUUAUGGAUAAUUUAAAGAACAAUGUGCAAUAUGUAAUAAUAAUAUGCAAAAAUAUAUAAAAUAUCCAAGAUAAUAUUUAGCGGAUGCAUCAAAUUUCUAUAUAGGUUCUAUUUCUUUUGUCGCGUUCAUAAAAAUAUAAAUUUGUAUAAACAUCCGCAGUCUAGUCAUAUUAUUAUGUAAUCGCUGACUAUUUACGACGAAGAUAGUUGACAAAGAUUAGGGAAAAAGAGGAUAAGGGAUUGAAAAUGAUAGAAGUUCGACAGAGACAAAGAUAGAUAGCGGAAGGGCACUUAAAAUGAACGCGAUGAAACGAGGGAGGGAAGAGAGGAGGUAAAAAAGAGAGAAAUGGCAAAGGGCGGACUAGAAGAAGGGAAAACUAGAACAUGUCACGAUAAAAAACGAUGAGGAAGAAGAGGGUUUUUCGAUUUGUUACAUUUGUGACGGAACCACUUGACCCAUUGACAGGUCAAGGAGCAAAACGGAAAGAUGCCAACGCAGAAGUAUUUUCGUAAUGUUCGAUUUGAAUAUUUUCAAAGCUUAGAGACGAAAAAGACAGGAAGACGAUGCAAAGGGAUCUAAGAUCGUAACAGAAAGAACGCCUGGCCCGAAGGCGUUAAACCGGGAAGAGUACAAUCGGGGCGCGAAGCGAUGUACGCAGCUGCGGGUGGCGCCAGUAUAGCGAAUAGGAGGAAGCAGAAACGGUUGCAGCUAAACAAACGCGUCGCCGAGGGUACGGUCCCGUCACGACUGAAGACGAUACCAGCUUCUCAGCACCACUACCACCAUCAACAUCAACACCAACACCAACACCAACACCACCACCCCAGCAAGUUUGCUCGUCCGCACGUUGUUCCACCAUCUUCCACAUCACAGCCACCACAACCACCGUCAUCUGCAUUCCAUCCGAGCAUCGAUCGACGGCGUCAUGUCGAGAAGUCUCAGCAGGUUGCACCUGUUUCUCCGAUCCAAUUUCCAAUAUCGCCACCGCCGCUAUCCCUUGAGUCGCCAAGUUCGGUUACUUACCCGACUAAAUCCAACAACUUCCCAUUUCCACCACCAUCGAUCCUCGAUCUCCGAGUCUCGCCAUCUUCUUCGGAGCUACAGUGUGGCGGAGGACCAGGCAAAGCAGCAUGGCAGGGAUGCAGCAGACCUUCUCCCCUUCCUUUAUCUCCUAUGUCGCCUCAUGGUUGCCGUGGGGAUGGCUACAAGACAAAGCAAUGCGAGGCUCAUCGACGAUGGAUGAAAAGGAACAGAAUAAGAGACGCAAGUUAUUGCUAUGGAAGCAGUGGAGAAGAUGACGAAGAAGAUGGAAGCAGUAAUGCAAACCGUCGCAGAGGUGAAGUUAGUGCGGCAGUGAAUACCGUACUUUAUGCGGGGCUGGGAACUACAGCGCUCGGAUUAGUUAUAUCGUUUGUCGGCACUGGAGAGAAAGGAUUCCUCAGUCCGGAAUUGAGGCUGGUGGGUCCUUCACUACUGUGCGCCGGUUUACUGUGUUGCCUAUUUCGGGUGCUGCUCUGCCUCUGUCUAUGUAGUUGCGGUCAAUGCCGCUGGCGGUUUUGCCAUGUUACUUCUGACAAGAAAGAAAAAGUGAGGAAAACGGAAGCUCAACCCGCUGGAACAUUGCCUACCGCCUCACUUUUAUCACCAGCGCAUCAACAACAGCAAUCGGCCAUGUCUUCGAGUGGCGCUGCAUCAUCAUCAACAAAAGCACACGAGCUCUUGCUCUCUCCUGCCCAAUUACCAGAGUGAAAACACAAUUACGAACGUUUUCUACGAGAAAUCUACACGCCGAUUAACUGCCGGUUCUUGUCCAAUAUAGAAUUAUCUUAUCUCCAUUCGACUUGAACCGUACUCGCAAAAACAAAAGAAAAACAACAACCAUCACAGCCUAAUUCUAGUUUAAAUGCGAAUUUUAGCGCUUAAAAAUAAUAGUUAAAUAAAUAAUCGGCUAUGUUUUUCUA